AUGGCCGCCACCGCUGCCUUGUCUCUCGCUCUCCUGAACUCUAUUUCCGGCUGGUACCUCAAUGGUCUCGUACCAUCGGUUCCAUCUCCAUCCAUCUGGGGUCAACAAGGCUCUCAAGUCAGCUGCGGCAACCAGGGCUAUGCGGCUAUCAACGCGAACGUUCUGACCCAAGUCAAUUGCGGCGGCUUUCCCGGCUCAGACUUGAGCUGUGCCAACCAAGGCGAUGCCGCCGCCAAUCUCAACGUCGGCACCUCUGUCAACUGCUACAGCUACUAG